AUGAGUUCAUUGAGCAACGAUCCAAAGAACGAGCGUAGAAGCUCAGUGAACCAAAGAAACGGCUUCUACUCUUACUUUUUAGCCCGCGAUAUCGAAAUGGAAAAAUCGGCAAUUAAGAGAAACCCGGCUCUACUGACCGCUGAAAGCCAUAGGGCACGGUCUUGCUCACCCGCUCUGCUCACUCCGACUCCCGCGUCAUGGAGUUUGCAGUGUAAAACCCCCCGCCAAUGGCGGAACCAAAUUUCGCACCAACAACUAGCAGUGCUGCAAUUUCUGCAACCACAGCGACAACCACUGCAACUCAAAUUACCGCGAAGAAAAACAACAACUUCGGAAAGUGCCAAAGCGGCCCCGGCCAUACAGACUGAAUUGGAUAGCUACAUCCUAUUUAAGCGCAAGCUCAGCCUGCAGAGUAAUCCGGCAGGCAAUAAAACAAAAAUUAACCGCGUCCAGAAGGUCGACGAAGAACCAGGAAGAUCCAGUAGUAACAGAUUUGCCCUACUGGCGAAGGUUGACGAAAACCAACCAGCGCCAGACACCGCAGAAAAAACCCAAGCCCCCUCCAAUCUAUCAGUCAGGGAGAAAAACCCUGGAGUUUCUAGAGAAACUCUGGUCAACCGAAUUGCGGCGUUGAUCGGGAACGGUGACAACUUUCAUGUUGUCCCGCUUAUCAAAGGGAACAUCCACUAA